UCGUUAUCAAGCUGUCCAAGAAAACUACUUUAAUUUUGGACAUUUGAGCGCUGGCAACUGGUCGCAACAGCAAAACCGCUUCUCAGGAGCCAACAACUGCAAUGGCAAUGCCAACGAUGCACUGUUUGAUUUCUGCCACAACCUAGGCAACGAGACAAACUAUCUAACCGGCAGCUUUAACAACUUACAAUUACCGACGACGUCCUGGCGCUCCUUGGAUCAAAAUAUCGAUACAGCGCCUUCAAGCAGCUGUUACAACGCUGCACAAUAUUUAAACGAAAUGAACAACGAUAGACGCAUUGGUGGUACUGGCGUUAAUGCUACCACAUCCACUACCAAUUCGAUACACUCCAUUAAUAAUUCUUCGUCUCGAAUUCAUCGUGUGCAUUCAAGGCUCGGUCAAUUGAACCCACUUUUUCAUAAAAGGGAAAAAGCGGAAGAUGAAAAUGCAUUACCAGCAUAUCUAGUCAAACAGGCACGCAAAACAGGGGCAUUGCAGCUGAGCGGCAAAGGCUUAACCACAGUGCCUGAUCAAAUUUACCAAAUAAAUGACAUUGAUAAAGAUUUGCCAACCUCGCUAGAGCAGCUAACAGUCAAGGAAGAAGAUGCUUGGUGGAAUCAAAUGCCUCUAACGAAUUUAGACUUAAGUUCUAAUGCCCUGACGCAUUUGUCGCCGAAAAUAGAAAAUCUCGAUACCUUAACCACAUUGACGCUUCACGACAACUUACUUACCAGUCUUCCCAGAGAAAUUUGUAGGUUGGAGAAGCUAGUACGUGUAAAUCUAAGUCGAAACAAGUUGAGAGAGUUGCCUGUUGAUUUUUAUUCGUUACCUGAGUUGCGUUACUUGAACAUAUCGUACAAUGAAUUUGAAGAACUACAUCCCAGUCUAAGUGAUUUGCACAUGUUGGAGUAUUUGGAUGCUUCACAUAAUUCACUUACGGCGCUGCCCAAUGGUAUUGGUUUUCUAGUGCGCGUAUCUGAGCUUUUACUCUCAUAUAACCACAUAAAAGAACUGCCUUCAGAUCUGGUCAAUAUGCGAUCGUUACAAAAAUUGGACCUGAAUCAUAAUGACUUGAUUUCUCUACCCGAGGAUAUGGGCAGUCUACGUAAAUUAUUGUGUUUAUACCUACAGCAUAAUGAUAUAACACAACUGCCGAACUUCGAGGGCAGUCAGAAUCUGCAGGAAUUAUAUGCUGCCAAUAAUUUAAUUGCGAAACUACCAGAGAGUUUUUGCUCAAACUUGCCACAUUUGAAAAUUCUCGAUUUGCGCGACAACAAAAUUACGAAAAUCCCAGACGAAAUUUCGCUUCUGAAAAAUCUUAUUCGGCUCGACUUUACCAACAAUUCCAUUAGCAAUCUGCCAUUGUCGUUGGCUUCAUUGGCGCAUUUGGUUAAUUUGCAAAUCGACGGCAAUCCGAUCAAGUCAAUCCGACGCGAUAUACUACAGUGCGGUACAACGCGUAUUCUGCGAACUUUGCGUGAACGUGCGCGCGCCGCUGCCGAGAGGCAACAACGCUUGCAUCAAGGCGACACAGCUUCCGUAUCAGCGACAUCCUCGGCAGCAUCAUUUAUACCUACCAAUUCUGCUACAAUGGGUGCAGACGGUUUAAAUAGCCCGCGACGUCCGCCUGGCGGUUGUGAUGAAGAUACAAUA